AAUUAUUUUUGAAUUCGUUCAACCGCAGGUGUGAUGCCGAAUAAUCGUACCCCGGGAGGAAAGGGUCCCAGAGAAAUCACUAAAGGUGAUCGUAAACCUAAAGUGCGCGCGAAGUUCAAGAAAGCAAAACGACGAAAGCAAAGUGAUUCUGCUGGAAACACGCCCGGAUUAGAUCGAAAAACCAAAGCAAAGCUCAAAAAAUUGUUCAGAGAAGUUGCGGUUGAACGUAAAGGAAGGCGAAAUCUGCCAUCAACGUCAUCUGAGAAAAUAUCUGAUGAACUCCGUGUGAAAGGCAAGCCUCGCAAGAAACGAAGAGGGAACCGACCAUUCGGCAUUUCAUUGAAAAAUUUAAUUGAGAAUCCCAAGGUUUGCAAGAAAAUUACAGCACAAAAGAUGGCGGCUCCACCUGCAAACGGGUGCGCAGAAAACAUUUUCUUGAGAGAAUCUGCUGAAAGAUUGGAUGAAAUCUUCGACAAGAUGAUCACGCUUACAGUACCCGGAGAGGCGAAAUUCAGUUUGAAAUCUCUGAAGCAGUGGAUUGAAGCAACGUAUGUUCGUGAGAUACCUUUUGACGAUGUCUGUGAUCCGCCUCCUUUCCCUGGCUAUUCGGAGAUGCCUAGAAAAUUUUUGGUGGAAUUUUCAACUUAUGAAAAAGCGAGGAGUAUGCUGUACCAUUUGUUCGACGGAGUUAUCAAUGGAUAUCCUAGUUACGCUGCGCUGAUACCGCCGCUGAAUAUAAAAACUGAAGGAAAGCUAACGGAUGCAAAAAGCCUCCUUGCUUUCUUCCUCCCUGACAAAGUGGACGACGACUUCUUGAAGGUCACGUUUCCUGACUUGCUUUCGCACUGCCAUGGACCUUGGCCAAAUACGACCGUUCUGAACUUCGAAAAUCCAGCGAAAUCUGGCAACGCUUUCCAAAAUUCGUCUGCAUUGGUCGUCCAAAAUCGUCGAAUAGCCCACAACUUCACGCACCGAAGCAUCUGCUCCAUCUAUCCCAUGAAUUGUACAGUCACUCACCGAAAGCCGGAGGUGACUCUGAGAAAGACUGGUGCUCACUGGGAUGGCGUGGAAGAGGAAACUGACGAAUUGGCUCCGACUUUGUUGCGGUUAAAGUGGGAAGAUCGAAACGUAGCCGCCGACUGA